AUGGGGCCCCCAGACACCGAACUGGCGAUCCUCCUUACCGACUCCGAAGAUGAAGCGACGCCCAACACAACCCCACAGCAGCAGCAGCAGCAGCAAGGACAGCAGCACCAAGAGAAGCAGCAGCAAGAGCACUGCGAUGUAGCGCUGCAGGAAGGUUCUUCCAUCCGCCGCAGCAGACGUUCAGUGCCCCUGGUGGAUUCAGACGAUGCAGCAGAGGGGCCCCCCUGCGAUCAUCGUAGCGCACGGGGGCCCCCCAGCCCUUUCAGCCAUUUCACUAACCCGCAUGCAGCUGCAGCACAAGCUGGGGGCCCCUCUACUCCUUUGAGGCGUCGCUCAGCGCGUCUGGCUUCUCGUUCAAGUUCAGCAGCCUGUACACCUGAGGCUGCAGCAAAGCAGAAAACAGCUUCUGCUAGGGAGAGCUUAGGCGCCCUUCAAACCCCCCGAAGGUCGGGAAGCAACGCUGCUGCGAGCCCUGCUGCGUCUCUGUUCUCACAUGGUUCUCCUGCUGCAGCUGCUGCAGCAGGUGCUGCAGCAGCAGUAGCAGCUGCAGCGCAGGUCAGCCCCUGCAGCAGUUUGAAUUCUUUGCGUUACUUCCCAAGGAAGCGGCUGCGGCGGAGCGCCUCGGGGAUCUCUUCAGCAGCAGCAGGAGGAGAAGCAGCAGACGCAGAUGCAGCAGCAGCAGCAGCAGGUGAAGCAGCAGCAGCAGCUGAUGCUGCUGCUGGAAAAGGAGAGAGCUCCUUACCGAGACCAAGAAGGCGACGCCAGCCGCUGCGGAUCGACGGCAACAGCAGCAGCGAUGAUGCUGCUUCUGCAUGCAGAGCUACAACAGCACCAUGUGAAACCAUCAACAGCAGCAGCAGCGAAACAGCCAACAGCAGCAGCAGCAGCAACAACAGUAGCAGCAGCAGCAGCAGCAGCAACAGCAGCAGCAGCAAUACCAGUGUUGAUCCAAAGAUUGUGAGGGAACAAAUUGACACAAGUCGGGGCUCGCUGGAAGCUCCAGCCCAGCCGCCCCUUUGUGCGGCUGAGUGCAGCAGCAGCAGCAGCAGCAGCAGCAGCAGCGCAGCUGCAGCAGAAGGCAGUAGCAGAUCUUGCUCGCCAAUUCCUGUACAUCGUCGUCUGCGUAGAUCACAGCAGCUGUGGGAGGAUCAACAGCAGCAAGAACAGCAGCAGCAACAGCAGCAAGAGCAGCAAAAGCAACAGCAACAGCAGCAGCAGCAGCUGCAUACGGCAUCGAGGCCCUCUCAAAAGGAGGUGCAGCAGCGGCUGCAGAAACUCGCCAAGACUGUGAGAGAAAAAAGAAAUCGCUCGAGGGGCCUAAGUGUCGGUGAGGGGCCCUCGACCGACGACGACUCCAGCAGCAGCAGCAGCAGCAGCAGCAGCAGCAGUGACAGCGACAGCAGCAGCAGCAGCAGCAGCGGUAGCAGCAAACAGGGCAAUUCAAAAGCAACAUUCUUCUCAUUUGCAAGAGACAUGCGAGAGGCCGCCUAUGACUCAGAAGAGAGUGCAGGCAGCUUCAUAGCCGAGAGCGAAGAGGAGGGCUCUGGCGCAGCGACCGGUUCCGAAGAGGCGCUGGACUCAGCAAGCAGCGAAUCUUCUGCCGAUGAGGCUCUCGAGGCCUUGCGGUUCCACCACCAGCUGAUGGAGGAGGAGGGACGAGCAGCUCAAGUAGAACAAAGCCUAAGCCUGAAGGAGUGCUUUGAGCUGUACACCUUCUGUCUCUCUCUGAGUUUAUUCUCACCGGACUUCUCCCCAAAGAAGUUGGCUGUAGAAAUUCCCUCAGCAUCUGCUGCUUCUCUUUCUGACGAUGCACUGCGCGGUCUGAAGGAGUUGGACAUCGCUAAACUUGUGGCGAUGGAGACGCAUGCAUUCCCCUCUGAUGUUCGUUUGCUGCUGAAGCAAUAUCCCGCAUGCCGCUUAUCAGAUGCCCCUGUGCUACAGGAUUGCGUGACGCGGUGUAUUGUCUGUCGGAGGGCCGCCAGCCGCCAUUAUUGUUUAGACCUGCUGGGGGAGCAAUACGACUCGGGGCCCGGUGCCCCACUUCUCCCUGUGAAAGAAAACCCCAAAACCCUCGUCGCUUCUUACGAACAGAGACAAGGCCAAGAGUUCCCCAUAGGUGCAAAGUGCGGGCAGCAGGCGUUUCGCUGGCAUGUGGCGCAGCACUGGAAGGCGCAGCUGCUGCUGCGUUUGCAUGCGCUGCUGCGCCCCACAGCAGCAGCAAUACUGGAGAACUUUCCUGCUGCUUUGCAGCAGCACAACGCUGUAAGCCCUCAGGCUUUCUACUGCUGCUGA